AUGUUUAAAUUUAAGAUUUUUUUAAUCUCAAUGACGGUGCUCUCGCUAUUCACUUCCUCAGUUCUCUUCGUAGUCGGUAUCGCAAUAUCAUGUACAAAAGAAGCAAUUGAAAUCCACCCGGAUUUCCAAAAAACGUCGAAAAUAGCGUCAUUUGUAGUAGCAGGGAUUCACGCCCUGAUCGCGUUAACCUGCGGAUUCUGCACAUAUAAAAUUAACAGAUUAAAUGAUAGUCCACUCAACACUUGAGUUUUAAUUCUAAUGUAAAUUUAAUGCCAGUAAAUUAGUGUAACUUAAUGGUAAACUGUAAGAUUUUG